CGCAGUUGCCGCGCGAGCUUUACGCGAGUGAGUAGUGGCCGGCAGCGCAGCAGCGGUCAAUCGUUAUAUACAUAUAUAUCCACGCCACGCGCUACCCCCAGCUGGUCGCAAGCGUGGAUAUGCCACCAAGGACUGCGGCGCGGCGUCGCGAGUCCAGUGGAAUGCCGCGGCGACGCUUGUCGAGCUGCCGCUGCAAAGCCAAGAGGCAUCAGUGAGCAACCGCUCAGCAGCCAGCAUGGGCGCCAAUCAAUCAGCAAGAACUCUGCCCAGCCCGGGCGAGGAAGUGAAUUUCGACCACUUUCAAAUACUGCGGGCCAUCGGCAAGGGGAGCUUUGGCAAGGUGUGUAUAGUGCAAAAAAGAGACCGCGCUGGCAAUAUGUACGCGAUGAAGUACGUACGGAAGGGCGAGUGCGCGGAGCGCGGUGCUCUGAAGAAUGUCGCUCGCGAGGUUGAAAUCCUCUCGCGGCUGGAGCAUCCCUGCCUCGUCAAUUUGUGGUUCAGCUUUCAAGAUGAGGAAGAUUUGUUCAUGGUAUCGGAUUUGCUGCUCGGCGGGGAUUUAAGAUAUCACUUACAGCAAGACGUUCAGUUCAGCGAAGAGAGCGUCAUUCUGUUCAUUGCGGAAAUAGCAUUGGCGCUCGAUUACCUGCAAAAGAACCGCAUUGUCCAUCGGGACAUCAAGCCAGAUAAUAUCUUGUUGGACGAGGAAGGCCACGCCCACGUGACGGACUUCAACAUCGCGGCGACGCUGAAGAAUGACCAGCUGGCUACGUCGAUGUCCGGCACCAAGCCAUACAUGGCCCCAGAGAUCUACAAAUGCGCUUGCGAAGAGUAUGGUGUACUAGGCUAUGGUUUCGCGGUAGACUGGUGGAGCCUCGGAGUGUUGGCGUGGGAAACAUUGGCAGGUUGCAGACCAUUCGCGAUUCACGCGUCGACGACUCACCGCGAAGCUUUGGCCUUGCUAACCGAGCGUCCCGAAGCACCAAAUCGAUGGUCUCGUGGCACUCGUGAGGUGAUUCAACAUUUGUUAGCGGUCGAGCCUCUUGAGAGGUGCACCACACUGAAGGAGCUCAAACAGCUGGGACUAAUGUCCAAUUUGGACUUUGACGCCGUGCUGAAUAAAAAAAUCAAGCCGAUGUUUACACCACCCAAGGACCAUCUCAACUGCGAUCCCACCUUCGAGCUCGAGGAAAUGAUCGUCGAAACCAAACCGCUUCACAAAAAGAAGAAGAGAUUGGCUAAACAGAGGUCGCUAAAGGCCGAGUCUCUGGCGGACGAGUCGCCGGUGGCGGCGGCAGGCGCUCAGCACUCGGUCGGCGACGCAGCCUCGCUGGCCGAGGAGCAGCGUCGACUUGCCUUCAUUCCCGAGUACCGCGUGUACAACCGGGAACGCGAGCUCGAGCGGCUGGAGCGAGAGCGCAAGGAGCGGCUGUGGGAGGAGGAGCUCAACACUGCCAUGAGCCAAGCGGCACCAGCUGACGAGCCCGACGCCGAUGUGGUCGAGCAGCAGCCCCAACGCGGAUCAAGAGCGCAGUCGCCUCAGCAGCAGCCUCAUCCAGUGAAGGAGGAAGCGAGCCGAUUGAGCGUCUCGACGGCGAGCGUGAGGGCACGCAUUUGCAGCUCGCCGGCUCAUCGCCGCGACGACCAGCAGCAGCCGCCUGCACUCGACUACAUCGACGCGAGCCCCGAGGCGUCGACCUCUUAGGGCACGCCCAGGCCCGCAGGCCUCUAUUGUUCUUGCCUCUGUCCCAGGCCGCAGCCGCGAUGACUAAAUGCAAGCUGCUACGGAGCCCUGUGUCCCGAUUAUUAUUGACCCGAAUCGUGGCUUCGCGCGCGCGCCUCUUCCCUGCUCUGCUCGGGCUCGUCCUGUAUUUUUGCUUUUGCCUCCGAGCGCGACAGUGAAACGCGACGACACUCCCGAGGACUCUACAGCGACAAAAGAUUAUCCGAUCGCGCUCGUGAAAUCAAAUGACCAAAUAUAUUGCACGAAAUAAACGAACAUAAACGUAUAAGAUUAUACUUGUAAAGCAAAACAAAUCACUCAAUCAAAAGACACGAUUAGCAAAUUAUAGUAGGUGGAUUAGUGCAAAUGUAAAUAUUUAAAGGAUAAUUUAGAGGGUACAUUUUACAAAAAGUUACUGCCUCAGAUAUCUCGAUCCUUAAUGCGAUACAUUAGAACGGAAAUGAUGUGUACAUCCUUCUGCGCGUGAUUGUUGCAUUUUUCAUCGAAAUAUAUUCAUUUACAUACUCAAUUAUGUUGCAACACAUAGUUUAUCGACAAAUUUUCAUUACAUGAAUAAUCAAAUUUUCAUUAUAUAAAUAAAUUUAAAUACAGUAACUUCGUAAAAUAAGUAGUGACGUAUAUUACAAGAACUCUAUUUAUAUUUCAGAUACCAAAUAAUCUUUUACAUUUUUUCUUGGAAAAUACAAUUGGUAUUAUGGAAAUACAGAAAGUAGUUUAGUAAACGAGUUAAUAAAUUAAAUAGUAAAGACUAAAUGUUUAUUGAAUCACAGUCUAAUAUAAAUUAAAUUGUUACUAAGUCACCAUGGCUGAUGUCUAUGAAUAACUUUAUUACUAUAUAGAUGAAUUGUUAUAACUUGAAAUCAAAUUUAUAGUUUCCUUUCGCCAAUUUAACGCAUCAUCUUUUCUAAUAAGAUCAAUCGGCAAUUGAUACUUAUUAGUAUUUUACAAUGCAAAAUGCCUUUUAAGUUUUACAUUUGAAAAAAUUCAAAUUUCAAUCUGCCUUAACGUAAUGAAUUACAAAAUACAAAUAAUAUAUCGAUUACAUAGAAAUAUAUGUAUUUAUCAAUGGAAAAAUUAAUCAACAAAGUAAAAGUAGUUUUCUAACAUUUCGUCCAAUAGCUAUAUGAGUUUAUUUCUUACUAUAAACCAUUGAAAGGUCAACAGAAUUAAUCUAUUGUAGCACAAAAACUAAUCUUUAUUAAGUCUGAAAUAACUUUUCUGUUAUACUGAAACUUGAAGGAUAGAAAUUAUACAAGAGUUUUUUAAAUGGUGAUAAAUGUAUUUUGAGUCUUACAACAAUCAACUCAAAGUUAGCUAUGUAAAUUUUAAUAUUGUUGAAAAGAAUAACGUAAUUGAACACUUUUUGAGUGACAAAAGAAUGAUAAAAUUAUAGUUGGUAUUGUAAUUAUUCUUAAACCUAUAUAUACGAAACAUUAUAAUUGAACUAUUGAUGUAAAACCCUAAUUUACGUUUAUACUUCAUAGUUAAAGAUAUAUGUUUAGUGAAUACAAUAUUUUUGAGAAACAUUGAAUUAAAUGUUUCGAAUUUUAUUAAAUUCAUUAGUAUUCAAAUAAUACAACUAAUUUUUUCUUUUUUGAUAUCAAAGCAAUUGUGUUGUAUUAUACGAAAUAAAUUGUGUAUAUUUAUCAUCGCAUUUAAUAUAACAGUCUUCCGUUGAGAUACACAUUUGGAACUUUAGAAUAGCAAUACAUGAUAAAUUUGUAAAAAAUUGAACGCACAUUUUUCACUAAUAGCUUAUAUUGGAGGUUUUAUAAAAUGGAUAGCAUAAACGGGUGUAAACAAAACAUCUUAUAUUUUUAUCGUAUAUUUUAAUUUAUAUUUUCUCAAUAUUCUCUGUGUGAUUUAUCAUUUGAUGUAUAUAUUUUCUUUUAAAUUGAUGAAUGAUAGAAGACUGUGAUUUUAUUACAAGGUAUCUGAAUUAUUUAAUUGGAUCAAACUUUUUGAUUUUAUUCCUUCUACAAAAAAAACCGAGUUUAUUUUUAUACAACGUUCAAUAAUUUGAAGCCCAAAUUUAAAUAGCUUGUUAAAUAUAAUUUUUCCAGGUCAUAGAUAAUGUUUUUGGGAAGCCACUUCAAAAAUUAACACGGCAACUCAAUAGUUAUCUAUCUGUAAUAUUUUCACACAGGAAUUUACAAGAGGAAAUUACUGAGCUUGUAGCCAGAAAAUUUUUGGUCUCGGAUAAGUUAUUAUUAUUGAAAAGUGACUGUCAUUUCAGAAAAAUGAUUGUUCUUGUAUUUGUCAAAAUGGUGCCGUUAGUACAUGUUAUGUUGAUACAGAUAUUAAAAUGCAAAAUGAUGUU